AUAGGGGCUGGACACUUGCUGCGCGAGCCUGAUGAAUCCUCGCAUUGGCGGGCUGAUGGUGACACGUGCCUCCCCUGCCCCCACCCGCGGGCUCCCUUGUACCGCAUUGGCAUCAGAAUCAACUGAACCCAAGCGGUGGAAGGGCUGCCUCCACUAUUCGACAAUCGUGGACAACCAUUUUUAAAAAUUAGAAAAACAAAAAAUAAUCAACAACAAGAAAGAACAAAUCCGACUGAGGCUUGCAAAAUGCGCGUUUUUCUCGUACCGUCGCUGUUCAGAGAUUAACUAUUGCAAAUUUAAACGAAGUCAUCUUGCUGUCUCUUUCCUGAAACAGACGACGGCGCAAACAAGAUGCAGGAAUCAAGAGGCGAUAUCUGAAGGUGACAUGAACCACAGGAUAAUCUGGACCAGCAGGCGCACUUUACAGACCGACUGCAGAUAACAACCGAAGACCGAGUCUAAAAGAUCAUUCCCCUCCGUGUGCUUUUAUUCGGCUUAGUCUUGCGUUCGCACGCCCCCCUGUUUGAAGUAACAGCACACCCCACUUUAAGUUCCCACAGAACCUUUAUAUUGUGAAGCAACCAUGGCCACUUUAAUCCGAAAUAAGAUUUCCAACGCGGCAACUUCUGUGUCCAACAAAUCACAGGCGAAGGUCAGCGGGGUGUUCGCUAAAAUGGGGUUCCAGGCCGCGACUGACGAGGAGGGUUUGGGGUUCGUUGCCUGUGACGAUCUGGAUUAUGAGUACAGACAGGGGAUGCAGAUGGACAUUCUCAGUACAGAAGGGGCCGGUGGAGACGGCGGCGGGGAAGGCGGGGGCGACGGCCUGGCCGAAGGUGACAGCCAUUAUCAGAGAGACGGGACCGGUCCUCCGCCCUCCUCUUCCAAAGACGGCGGAGUGUGCGCCGAGUUGGGAGGGCAAGACAGGCCAAAAAUUACUGCCUGGGAAGCGGGCUGGAACGUCACCAAUGCCAUUCAGGGCAUGUUUGUCCUUGGGUUGCCGUACGCUAUCCUGCACGGCGGGUACCUGGGGCUCUUCCUCAUCAUCUUCGCGGCGGUGGUGUGCUGCUACACGGGGAAGAUCCUGAUCGCGUGCCUGUAUGAGGAGAACGAGGACGGCGAGCUGGUGCGCGUCCGGGACACCUACGUGGACAUCGCCAACGCCUGCUGCGCGCCGCGCUUCCCCGCGCUGGGCGGCCACGUGGUCAACGUGGCGCAGAUCAUCGAGCUGGUGAUGACCUGCAUCCUGUACGUGGUGGUGAGCGGAAACCUGAUGUACAACAGCUUCCCCAGCCUGCCCGUGUCCCAGAAGGCCUGGUCCAUCAUUGCCACCGCCGCCCUGCUGCCCUGCGCCUUCCUCAAGAACCUGAAGGCCGUGUCCAAGUUCAGCCUGCUCUGCACGCUCGCCCACUUCGUCAUCAACGUCCUGGUGAUCGCCUACUGCCUGUCCCGCGCGCGCGACUGGGCCUGGGACAAGGUCAAGUUCUACAUCGACGUCAAGAAGUUCCCCAUCUCCAUCGGCAUCAUCGUGUUCAGCUACACGUCGCAGAUCUUCCUGCCCUCGCUGGAGGGGAACAUGCAGAAGCCCAGCGAGUUCCACUGCAUGAUGAACUGGACCCACAUCGCCGCCUGCAUCCUCAAGGGCCUCUUCGCGCUGGUGGCGUACCUGACCUGGGCCGACACCACCAAGGAGGUGAUCACGGACAACCUGCCGUCCACCAUCCGGGCCGUGGUCAACCUGUUCCUGGUGUCCAAGGCGCUGCUCUCGUACCCGCUGCCCUUCUUCGCCGCGGUGGAGGUGCUGGAGAAGUCGCUCUUUCAGGGCAGCGGGCGCAUGACGUUCCCGGACUGCUACGGGGGCGACGGGCGGCUGAAGUCGUGGGGGCUGGGCCUCCGGUGCGCCCUGGUGGUGUUCACCCUGCUCAUGGCCGUCUAUGUCCCGCACUUCGCCCUGCUGAUGGGGCUGACUGGCAGCCUGACCGGCGCCGGGCUCUGCUUCCUGCUGCCCAGUCUCUUUCAUCUGAAGCUGCUGUGGAGGAAGCUGAUGUGGCACCAGGUGUUCUUCGACGUGUCCAUAUUCGUAAUAGGAGGCAUCUGCAGCAUCUCCGGCUUCAUCCACUCCACGGAGGGGCUCAUAGAGGCGUACAAAUACAACAUUCACGACUGAGGACUCGGUGGAUACGGAAGCGUUGGCCCACCUGCCCGGUCUCAUUCUUCGCUGACGUCACUGCUGUAGGCGCGCGCUGCUCACAUGUUCUAGAACUGCCCGCAUACAAAACACACACGCGCACUUCACGGGCACGCUAAAAAACAAAUGUAAAAAUAAAAAAAUAAAAAAGAGAGAGAGAGAAAAACACAUCCAUACCCAAACCAGGAGGGACCUGAUACACACAUGAGCAAGGGUUCACGCGCAUAUUUUAUCGUGGAAUGAAAGUUUACCAGUCCAAUCAACCGAACAAAACAAAAAGGCAACCGAAUAAUUAGUCUAUAUGUGACUGAAUAUCUGAAAUAAUUUCUUUUUUUACAUAUCAUUUGAAUAUAUGCCGUUGUGGCGGUGGUUGGGAAUAAAAGAGAACAUUUGUGUGCAUAACACGGAAAAAUGUUCAGUGUUAAAUCAACUCUUACAGAGUACACGUGGUCCCAAUUGGACUGAAAUUUACUCUAUUAGAGCUGAAUUAACACUGGACACUUUAUUGUGAAAUAGCCUAUAUUUCAGUUAUUCUCCGAAACUUGCAAUAUUUUCAAAAGCAUAUCAAAGGCACAAUGAAUUCCAGGGCACAAUAAUGGCCGGUAUCUUCAGCGUUCAAAAAGAUACUGCCGCAGAUUCAAGGCUGUUGUUUAUAGAAAAGCAACAAUAUAAUUUAUUUUAAACGAAUACAUAUUUUAGACGGCUGCACUGUUUGUAAAUAGGAAUAAAGGUAAUGAAAAACGUAUAUUUAUCUGGUUAUGUGCAUUGCUGAAUUAUCUGCUUCGGACAGAAAAUAUCGCAAAAUAAAAUAAGUGAGCGAUUCUCUGUGCAAACACCCGGUUAUGUAAAGAAUAAUUAUAAAAGGGUUGCGUACAGAACUUCACGGGGCACAAUUGCUCAAUGAAAAGAAAAAUAGUACGGACGCGUGUCAUGUAUUCCCAGCAUUUGAAAUCCAAAAAGAACAUCGAAGCGGCUCAAAAUCGAAUAUAAUAUUGAAACUACGAACACAGACCAGAUAAACCGUAAAGUUUAUUUCAUGCUGAGGAAACGCUGCUGCGACCAAAUUAGCCCUAAAAUUGGUCCAUACAGCUGACAUUCGGUAUGCCAAACAUUGCACGCGCCAAGUAAGCACAGAAUCCCAUCCAGCCCCGCCGAGAACUAAAGACACAGCCCCAACUGCAUUUGUGACAAAAACUGUUACGGUGACAUGAAAACUGACUCUCCUCUCCGGUUACUCGCUUACUCACAUCGUUUCUUUUUCUGUUUUUUCAAAAUCAACCCCUCGCGCUCAGCGAGGAAAACAAUAAGAGUCCUUUGUGGUUUGGCAUCCUAAUGUCCGACUUUUACGUUCUAAAGAGUGUUUUUUAUAUUUAUUUAAAAAAGAAAAGAAUAAAGAAACGUGCAUCCAUUUCAUUCUGUGCAAUCCAACGGGUGCUGUUGAAAUGUUAUAAAACCGUAUGUGUAGUGUUAUUGUGGUUUCAAAAGAUGGAAUGUGUAUAACAAAUGAUCUCUCGUGAAAAUAAAUAUAUUGAAGAAUAAAGAAAUACGUAAAAAUAA